AACACUGGCAAAUAAUUCUAUGGAGCUACCCCAUUGUCCACAAUUUUCUCUGUACACAGGACUAGAUUGAGUUGCUGUGAUAUCCAACGCGGCUCCUGCCCAACAAUAACUUUGCACUAGCAAUUUAUGCAGCAGAAAAAUUUUCAAUUUGGGUUUAUUGGCUUGGAGUAUCCACCUCUGGAAAUCUGGCUCCACGCAAUCCAUCCAAACACUUUAUCCAGUGUAUUAUAUUCAAGCAAGUCGUCAGCUUCUCAGAUCUAACCCGUGAUGUCGGUAUCCCUCUUGCUCUCUAAUUUCCACAUAAUCUAUGACCACUUCUGCAUCAAUAAUGCCUCACCAUAUUCCCGAAUACUAUAUAUGUAGGCAAUACGUUGAGUCAGAAUCAGAAGCAUUGGAAUUGACUGUAUUACUUCAAAAUGCAAGCACGACUACUGGAAGGAAAAGUCGCUUAUGUCACAGGAGGAACUCAUGGGAUUGGUGCGACAUUUUCAAUGUAUUGGCAAAUCAAGGUGCCUCUAUCGUUGUCAACUACACCUCAUCAGAGGAUCGUGCAGUAGCCAUCGGCAAACGAAUUCAAGACGCCUGCAGUAAAGCGCUAUCAGUCCAGGCUGACGUUGAUGAUGUGAAUGGAGCCAAGAAGAUUGUUGAAGCGACGGUUGAAGCCUUCGGUAAAAUUGACAUUGUUGUCAACAAUGCUGCUAUUGGCAUAUUCCAAGUUCUGGAAGAGAUUUAAGUUGAAGACUUCGUAGCCAUGUUCAAUAUCAACGUGCGA